AUGGUUGCAUCAAGAAAAGGACGUAAAAAUAAUGAACAAGAAAUUCCAAAUCGAAUCGAACAUAAUGACGAUGAUGAUGAUGAAGAAUAUGAUGAAGAAAAAGGUGCUCAAUUAUUACAAAAAAUUAUUGCUUCCGUACUUAAACCAAAGAGUAAACAUGUUAAUCCAUCAUUUAUGUUUUUUCAUUGUACUUCACUUGGUUCAUUAUCAAGUGACGAUAUUCCAUCAUCAAUUAAUGGUUCAUAUAAAUCACAAUAG